CCAUAGUAGGCGUCAGCUUUUAGCAGACUUAUAAAUCAAAAUGAAGCCAUCACGGCUCCAAGCAGUUUGAUAUCAAUUUGAAGAAAAAAAAAAAGAAAAAAAGAAAGAUCCAAUAGUAACCAAGGACGAUAAUUAAUAACGGAUCUUGUCGCUUUCAGGUCAAAGCGUACAUAAAUGGCAGCAUCACCUCGGGCUCCUAGCAAGCCCGUCAAGUACCGCACGUCAUGCGAUCGCUGCCAAAACAUCAAACUACGAUGUAGUCAGGAUAAGCCAUCGUGUAAACGAUGCAUUAACAAGGGAGUUCGAUGCGUCUAUAGCCCCCUGAGGCGUAUGGGUAGACCUAAGAAAGUUGACAAUGUCGCUUCGAUGAGUUCUAUGGAUGAGAGUCCGCCAAGUCCUGAGACAAUGGCACCGACGCUGAACAGUGUCCCUGCAAGUGACCGUCAACGGGGAUAUGAGAAUGGGAACAAUCCUCCCCUAACGGCGAACUUCGCUAGCAUAGGCUUGGGGUCCUAUGCUGCUACCGCAUCGCAAGAUCACCUCCGGAGUUGGGACCCCAGUCUCACAGGUACUCUAAGCGUUGACCAUCACGAUAGUCCGAUGGGUAACGAGAUCGAGACGUCUCAUCAGUCUCAACCUAACGGGUUUACUUCCACGGUUGAUCAUGGCGGAACUCCACGCCACGAGGUGGAUUCUUGGACCUCUGUACCAGCAAGCAAUAUCAAGCCCUUUCGCUCGGGACCGUCAAACACAACUCCGAGGUCCGCUCCUCUGGUGGCUCUUGACGGGCCUGUUGGGAAAGUUGUCUCGGACUCUACUACCGAUUGCUACACAGCUAUCCUCACGCGAACUUCAAAGCUAGAGCAGGCCUUAAACGCUGCACCACGUCCGCCACAAAUAGACCUUGCACUCGAAGCGGAGCGCGACUUUCGAGCCCUUCAUUGCUGCCUUUUCUCCUGCACCGGCCACUCGCAUCGCGGACGCAGCUGUCUCACCUCCGACAGGCCUGUGCUUCUCGGUCUCUCUAUGCUAGCAGAACGUGUCGUCGCCAUGUUCGAGGAGAACUUCCGCUUCGCUGCCUCAAGAUCCAACUCUGUAAGCGGGGUGAUCCGAGACCCGUCUGGCGAUCCCCUUCCGGGAACUGUGGCCCGGCGUCUCGAGCGCUCCUUUCGCAGUUUACUCGACCAUAUUCCCCAUUCCGUCGGCCGACCUCAACAUACGGGUUGGUGACUUUCUGGUGGAAAACCCGGUUAAGGCGGGUGCCGUAAUUGCAAUAUUGCGGCUGCGGAUACGGAAGAUACAGGCGGCGCUGAGGGAAAUGGGAAGGACACGGCAGGAGAGCUAUCCAAGGGAUACUCUGUCCGGCCCGCUCGAUUGGGGCGAUAGCGCGGGGGUUAUAGGUGAUGCUGCGAGACUUUUGAUACAAGACUUGUUGAGGAGGAUGGAAUCGCUACAAGGGGGAAUGGCGUUGAUGGCGUAAGACUUUUAAGUGUGAUACCCAAUAAAUGCCAUGAGAAGGGAACUUUGAGUUAGUGGUCUGUAGGUAAUGUAGUUCCGCGAUUUCUGUAGCUAUGUUUAUUUAUAUUGUAUCAAAAUAUGAAUAGAUGGGACAGAGGACAUGUCAAUACGCUGAGACAUAACAGUAUCAUGUUAAAGUCUUGAUUCU